UACCUUUCAAGCUCUCUCUCUCUUUCUCUCUCAUUUUGUAUAUAAUCAAUCACAAAAGACUCGUGAGAAGAGGACGAAACGCGUUUUCUGUGCCGAGAGUCAAUUCAAUAUUUCUAUUUUUCCUUUUUUUCAUUUAAUUCGAAUCGUUAAAUUUCGUCUUCUUCUCGAGGAGAGAGGGAUUUAGGUUACGAUGGGGAUGGAUUUGAGAGUUUUUCCGGCAGAGGAGUGGUGGGAGCGAGGGAGAGAUUCAAGCAUCGACGGUGAAUGUGACUUAGGUCGUAUGGUUACGGAUUUUCUGGAGACGGGAGGGGGUGGAAGCGGUGGAGGUGGUGGUGGUGAUUCGUGGUGUAGCAGCGAUAGCGAUUCUGGAUUUCCCGAUCUUUCUUACCUUUCCGAUAAGAUUCAGUUUCUCAAGUACUCUAUGCCUCAGCAUGAAACCGAGGUUCUCUCGGCGGUUCGUAACUUGAUGCUUUCUAUCAAGGAGAAAGAUCUCCACUCUGUGAAGACUGGUACAUGCAACGCCAGUUGCAUCAGGUUUUAUCUCGCAAAGCUCUUACGCCUUUCCGGAUAUAACGCUGCUGUUUGUUCAGCAAGAUGGCAAGGCACUGGCAAAGUUCCUGGUGGAGACAACGAAUACAUAGAUCUCAUAUUGAGUGACACUCCCGUUGGCCAAGACGACCGUUUAAUCAUCGACAUUGAUUUUAGAAGUCACUUCGAAAUCGCUCGAGCCGUGGAUUCAUACCAACGGAUAAUGGAAUCACUCCCAGUGGUCUACGUAGGAACGGUUACAAGACUAAACCAGUUCCUCCAAGUAAUGGUCGACGCGGCUAAAUUCUCGUUAAAGCAGAACUCAAUGCCGUUGCCUCCAUGGAGAUCGCUGAACUACCUGCAAUCCAAGUGGCUUUCACAGUACAAGCGCCACCUUGGACCGAUCAAUCAAGAAGGUGCAGGAAUGUUCUCACCGGGACUGCACAGACAGUGUGCUGCGAAUCUAAAGAGGCUUCAGUCAGCUCUUCAUGCGGAACAAGAGGCAGAGAGAUUCAUGAAGAAGAAGAGCCGCGAGAGGAUAAGGAUUCACGGUGGUCCUUGAGAGUUUGUACAAAUGUGGCAUCAAUGAGGCCAAAGAAUUUUGCUGUUGUGAGUCAUUUUUCUGAGUGUAAUGUGUUUUUUUGCGGCUGUUUUUUAAUUGAUAUGGGGGGUUUACACUAGUAGCCAAGGUUAUAGGCUUUAUACAAAGAAGAUAAUAUACAAAAUAACACGUUCAGGUACCUUAAAUGUUUUUACUCAGUUGUAUGAUUUUGUCUUUGUGAGAGUUUGUUCUAACUUCUAAGCUUGUUUAUUGUUAUGGUCUUUUCUUUAAAUGAUAUCACUAGUGUGGCAUUAAUACAUUUCUGGUUCAGUCUA